AGUCGUUGUUCUACCUCUAUAAAAGACUGGCAAGAGCGCUUGGUCAUGAGAAAAUAACUGUAUUCCAAGCAGAGCCACCCAAGGCAGAUCAUUCGCCAUGCUACGACACGGAGCUUUUGCCCUCUCCCUUGUCGGGCUUGCUCUCUCCAGCCCAAUUCUCAAGCGAGACGAAUUGAAAUCUUGGACAAGCAUCACGGGCGGGGAUAUUGUCUUCAAGCUUGGUAAUGUCUCCUACCUUGGGUUGACAUCUACCCCGGCUGCGAAGACGAAAGGCGACAUCCUUGGUGAUCCCAUUCCAUUCACUGUUGUGAAAACCACGGAAUGCGAAAUUACCUCAGAAGUGAUUGAAGGCACCAUUGCCAAAUAUCUUUCAGGGGAUGAUGUCUAUUCAGAAGCCUUUCUAGAAGGAAUAUAUAUCAGCUCAACAUGCGAAGGGGGAGCCACGCUUGAUGCCUCUGCAUAUGGUUUUGUCAAGUCAACUGGCUGUUCCAAAUUCUUGGUUGACACCGCCAUCAAAGUGACCGAUGCUUCAGCGUCAGCGGUCGACGGACUCUCUACCCUAGAGCCCGGUCCAUAUGUUGCCAAGAUCGGAGACGGAUCUGCGAGCUUCUCUCUUGCUUAUCGUCUCUAUCAGGACCGCUAUCGCACCUUUGUAUUCGGAGCAUAUCCCAAUCUUGAUGUCGAAGGUUCUUUCAAAGCCCUUCCAGAUAUUUUGACCGAUUAUCAGGAUCCGCUUAUUCCUGUCCCUUCCAGGAUCUACAGCUGGUCCGACCCUCGACCUUUCGCUGGUCUCCGCAUCGGGGUCAAGGACUUGUACGAUGUCCAAGGUCUGCAAACCGCCGGAGGCAGUCGAGCUUGGGCUGAGUAUUACCCAAUCUCCCCGGUCACCGCGCCCGCUAUCCAAAGAAUCAUUGAUCUUGGUGGUCAAGUCGUUGGAAAGCAAAAGACUGCACAGUUUGCAUCUGGUGCAGAUCCUUGGGGUUGGUUCGAUGUGCAGUACCCAUUCAACCCCAGAGGUGAUGGAUGGCUGACAUGCUCGGCGUCCUCGUCUGGGGGUGGAUGCUCCAUUGCUGCAUAUGACUGGCUUGACAACACCAUUGGUUCCGACACUGGAUCGUCGAUGCGUCGUCCUGCGUCAGUUUCAGGGACGUACGGCAACCGUCCAAGUCAAGGAAUGAUGUCACUAGAGAAGGUCCAGCCCUUGGGUGCAGCCCAGGACACGGCUGGAGUUUUCUCCAGAGAUCCAUAUCAGUUUGCUUAUUUUGCAAAGAAUUGGUACAUCCCUGAGCUGCAUCAAGAUGCUUCCAUCAAUGGACUUGCACCCAUGUCUGCCCCGGAUAACUACUCUCUUCCCAAGACCGUUUAUUACGAUCCCGGAUACCUUCCGGUCCGAAAUGAGGCAGCCGAUGCACUCGUGCAGCAGUUCUACGAAAGCCUCCAGACCGUGAUUGGCAUGACCAAGGUCGACGUCAAUUUGUCUGAAAUCGUGAUCAACCAUCCCGAGCCAGCUGUGUACAAUACCACCUUCCGAGGGGCUGCCUCUUCCCUGCUGAACACUCGUUCUCAGUGGCUGGCAGUCGCGGAGCCGUUGCUGACUUAUUACGCCGAGACAUAUGAAGGCCGCUUCCCUCCCAUUGAUCCGGCCAGACGCCCAGGCUGGAUUGCGCGGACCCCUGAGAGAUUCACCGACGAGGAUUAUGCGAAUGCCUUGGAAAUCAAGAGAUCCUUUUCCGACUGGAUGAAUGAGGACUUUUUGGGAUACAGUGAUGAGACAUGCUCGGACGCCAUCUGGAUUUACGAUGUCGGAACUGGAGGGUUGCCCUCGUAUCGAGAAGAGCCACUCUUGGUGGACAACCCGAAUGCCACCAGGCUGAACUACUCGCCCCCAAACACUGUGACCAACGGCGUUAGUUACUGCUCAUUUGCCGGUUGUGUAGACAUCACAAUCCCGAUUGGCCAAGUCCCCUACUUUAGCAACGUCACACGGACCGAGGAACAAGUGCCAGUGGCGGUCAAUCUUGUGGCACGACGAGGCUGCGACUUUGUCAUUUUUGAUCUCAUCACCGCCCUUGCUGACGCUGGCGUAUUAAAGACCGUAAAGACCGGCCGCGAAGCGUUCUAGCUGGAGGUUGUCCCGUAGUAGAGGCAUGAAAAUUAGCAACGCGCAACG